CGGCCGCGCCGCUUUUGGGCCCUUGGGGCCCUUUCCACGUGAAGCGCCAAACGGCUGUGAGGGGAAGAUUUCCCGAAAGUAAAGAGGGUGCGUGCAGGUGAUUUGGAAGUUGCCGGGCUGGGAGGACGCUCGGGGGGAUCCCGGGUGCCCGACGGUCUCGGUUGAAUGUCUGAUGAGUUCUUUAGCCAGUGACAGGCUCAGGAGGUCCUCGUAGAUCUAGUAAAACGGAGAUGAUAAUGUAUCCACUGCAGAGUUUGGGGGAGUUUUCCUGGAGAUCACGUGUAUACAGCGCCCGGUGCAGCGCCUUGCACGGAGCUGGCGUUCAUCGGACUAGCGAUUGUGGGGAGGGUGUGGCUGCAGCGUGCACGUGCGCCUUGAUUCAGAAUCCUGAGGCAAAGUUUGGAAGAAGGGAGGGGGGAGCUGGUAUAAAUCAGCGGCUCCUGGCCCAGCUUUUUACCCUUCUGGACAUGCUCCUAAGGGGAUAGGACUAGGAGAUGGCUCUGGGGGAGCUGGGGGAGGCACCCCAAGGUGUGCCAGCAAUACUGGGCCUGUGGAGAAAAGUUCUGCUCCUUGGCCCCAGCCAGCUCUUCACUUUGUAUCAAUAGCCAUGUGCUCCAAAAAGCGCUCAAGUUGUGCAUGGCAGGCGGUGGUGGGGAGGCCUAGCGUUCUGGCUCCCCUUGGGUGCCUCCCCCAGCGCCCCCGGAGCCUUACAGCUGUGGUGAUUCUGCCCAACAGCUUUGUAGUUGUGCUCUCCGGAGCAAAUGGCUUCUGAGUCUCCAUGUUCCCGUCUCUAAAACAGGAGUAAUAUGGUCCUCAAAAGGUUGACAUGAAGACUUACAGAGACCUUUCGUGAGUGCCACCUGGCACAAGCAGCACUCAGUAAAUAUAGAGGAGCGGGCACUCAGAAGCACCGUUAUCCAGUAGUGACAAAACACUGGGGAAUUGCCCAGCUUUUAACUGCUCCUGGGACUUAUACUUGAGUCUCUCUGGAAAAUAGCUGUUAGAGACCAGACAUCUCAGCUGAACUGAUAGCGCAAUAACAUUCAUUUUACAGAAUCAUAGGGAACAUAUGUUGGUGCCUUGGACAGUGGCCUGAGCUAGAAAGAAGGUCCAGAGCUCCCUGAGCAACCUAACCCUCCGUGGGAGUCGGCCUCGGCCACUGGAGCCAGGUGGAUUGCCUUCCCCAGGAUCUGCAUAGGAGUGCUGAUUGAGCUCUUGGCCUUUUUGCUGCUCCCAUAAAUGGUCCAAGGAGCAGGAUACUCUUUAAUCUGCUGGAAUCAGGAGUCUGGGGAGAUGGGUUCUUGGGGAUAUGAAGGACUGAGAAAGGGGUGGCAUCUCUGGGUCCUGGGAAAGGGGAGAGACAGGAAUAUUGAUUAGUGAGCAGCAGUAUUUGGGAUCUGACUUAGUUUCUGGGCCAAAGGAGACACCUGAGAAAGAUCUGUCUUUUCAUGUUUCUGAGUUCAGGGAAGCCAAGAAUAGUGACAAGAUUCUGUUCUUGUCAACAGUAGAAAGGUUUGGGGAAAAACAACAUUUAUUGAGCACUUCAUCAGGCUCUUUGAAUCCUGAUUCUUUUUGUAGCUAUAUCUUGUUUAACUCUCACUAUCUCUGGGAGGUGGGAUCAGGAGCUAACAGUAAGCACCAACCCAGUGCCAAGAGCUUGACUAGUAUAUAUCAUUGGAUCUUCAUGAUCAUUAUAUGAAGUUUGUAUUAUCCCCACAUAUACAGAAGGGAUGCUCAGAGAAGUCAUCUGUCCAAGAUGACUGCUUUUAAAUGGCUGAGCUAAACUCAAUGUCUGAUUAAACAGACCAAGAUGCCUUCCUUGAUAAAUAUGUGUCAGUUCACUGAUAAGUCUGUGGGUCACUGAAGGGAGAACUUAAUGUAAUGCAUUAUUUUUUCUAUCUACCCCUUGGUUUCUACCAGAGAACCAGGGCCAUGAGUAGCUGUUCUUGUUGGAAGAAGCCAUGGGAUGAAUUGUUUCCCUGAAAGGCAGAACAGUGGAAAUCUGUUUGCAGGGCAAGGCUAUGAGAGAAAAGGGGGAAGGACCCUUGAAUAUCUGUGAAGAAAUGACUAUUUUGCAUGGGGGUUUUUUGCUGGCCGAGCAGCUGUUUCACCCCAAAGCACUGGCAGAAUUGACAAAGUCUGACUGGGAGCAUGUUGGGCGGCCCAUUGUGGAGGCCUUGAGGGAAAUCUCCGCCACAGCAUGCUCCCAGUCCUUUGCCUGGAAGAGGAAAGCUCUGGUCAUCAUCUGGGCCAAGGUUCUUCAGCCCUACCCCAUUACCCCUUCCGACACUGAAACUCGGUGGCAGGAAGAUGUGUUCUUCUCAGUAGGCAACAUGAUCCCUACCAUCAAUCACACGGUUCUUUUUGAGCUGCUCAAGUCCCUGGAAGCUUCUGGACUCUUUAUCCAGCUCCUGAUGGCCCUCCCUACCACCAUCUGCCGUGCAGAACUAGAGCGCUUUUUGGAGCACAUGGCUAUUGAUACUUCUUCAAAGGAUGUGGCCUUCUUCCUCGAUGUCUGGUGGGAAAUGAUGAAGCACAAGGACAAUCAGCAGGACCCCCUGCUCUCUCAGUUUAGGACAAUGGCUAAUAAGUACUUAUCCUCUUCAGAUGAGUUCUCCCAUCCUCCAAAGAGGUUCAAGUCAGACCCUGAUGUGUGUCCUACCAUGCCUUUGUUGGCCAUGCUGCUCACUGGGCUGAAGCAAAUCCAAAAUAGAAUCUUGGGCCCUGGGAUGAAGUGCUGCGCAUUAGCCAAUUUGGCUGAUAUGCUGACCGUGUUUGCACUGAUGGAGGAUGACCCUCAGGAAGUGUCUGCACAUGUGUAUCUAGACAAACUGGCCACGGUGAUCUCCGUGUGGAAUUCGGACACCCAGAACCCAUAUCACCAGCAGGCACUGGCAGAGAAGGUAAAGGAGGCAGAACGGGAUGUCAACCUGAGCUCGCUGGCCAGACUCCCGAAUGAAACGAUUUUUGCCGGAUUUGACUUCAUGCGCAGUCUUCUGCGGGAGUGGGGGGAGGAGCUGCAGGCCAUGCUCAAUAGCACCCAUGGGACAAAUUAUGACAGUUACCGGCUGUGUGACAGUCUGACUUCUUUCAGCCAGAACUUGAAGCUUUACCUGGGUACCACCAGCUUAUCCAAGGAGGAGAGGCAGGUGGUUUCUGAACUGGCAGAGUGCGUCGGGGAUUUCCUGAGGAAAACGAACAAGGUACUCAACAAGGGCUUGGAGAAAGACAUUACUGCCUCGAUUGCCAUGGCCAUUAUUGAGCAAAAGAUGGAUCGGCAUAUGGAAAUGUGCUACAUAUUUGCUUCUGAGAAGAAGUGGGCCUUCUCAGAUGAGUGGCUUGCCUGCCUGGUUAAUAACCAGUCUCUCUUCCGAGAGCCAGAUUUGGUAUUAAAGCUGCUGGAAACUGUGGUGGAAGUCAGCACGACAGACAGAGCCAUCCCUGAAUCUCAGAUCAAACAAGUGAUUGACUUGAUCCUGGAAUGUUACGCAGGCCUCUCACUGCCAGAUAAAAAUAAAGUCCUCUCAGGUGUCCUGGUUGCCUGGGGGCGAAAGGGCCUCUCUCAGAAGUUGUUGGCUUACUUGGAGGGGUUUCAGGAAGACCUCAACACAACUUUUAACCAGCUUGCACAGAGUGCUUCCGAACAGGGAUUGGCUAAGGCUGUAGCUUCUGUGGCCCGCCUGGUGAUACUGCACCCAGAGAUCACUGUGAAGAAAAUGUGCAGCAUGGCUGUGGUCAAUCUCGGUACCCACAAGUUCCUGGCUCAGAUUCUCACCGCCUUCCCCGCCCUCAGGUUCACGGAAGAGCAGGGUCCAAACCCGUCCACCACGUUCGUCGUGUCAUGCCUCAGAGAAACCGUCUGGACAAAGUUCUCUACACCCAAGGAAGAAAAGCAGUUUUUGGAGCUCCUGAGAUGCCUGAUGAGUCCCGUGAAGCCCCAGGGGAUUCCAGUUGCGGCCCUUCUUGAGCCAGAUGAGGUUCUCAGGGAAUUCGUCCUGCCUUUCUUGAUGCUAGAUGUUGAAGAGGUGGACCUCAGUCUGAAGAUCUUUAUUCAGACCCUCGAAGUAAAUGCCUGCUUAGAGGAAUACUGGCUCCAAACCUGCUCUCCGUUUCCCCUCAUCUUCAGCUUGUGCCAGCUCCUGGACUGCUUCAGUAAAUACUGGCAGCUCCCUAAGGAGAAGCGCUGCCUCUCUUUGGAUGGGAAGGAUAUGGUGGUCCAUAUCCUGGAGCUCCUCUGUGAGAUCGUAUUAGCAAAUGCCGAGACCUUCUCCCCAGACACCUGGAUCAAGUCCCUGUCCUGGCUCCACCGGAAGUUGGAGCAGCUAGACUGGACUGUGAACCUGAGACUGAAGAACUUCUUUGAGGGCCACUUCAAGUGUGAGGUGCCAGCCACACUUUUUGAGAUCUGUAAGCUUUCUGAGGAUGAGUGGACCUCCCAGGCCCACCCUGGGUAUGGGCCCGGCACAGGGCUCCUUGCCUGGAUGGAGUGCUGCUGCCUCUCCAGGAGCAUCUCCGAGCGGAUGCUCUCCCUCUUAGUGGUGGGUGUGGAUAACCCUGAGGAGGUCAGAUUGUUCAGCAAGGGCUUUCUGGUAGCCCUGGUGCAAGUCAUGCCUUGGUGCAGUACCCAGGAGUGGCAGUACCUUUUCCAGUUGACCAGGAGACUGUUGGAGAAACAACUCCUACAUGUCCCUUAUAGCCUGGAAUAUAUUCAGUUUGUUCCUCUGCUCAACCUGAAGCCCUUGGCCCAGGAGCUCCAACUCUCCGUUCUCCUCCUGAGAGCUUUCCAGUUUCUUUGCAGCCAGAGUUGUCGCAACUGGCUUCCUAUGGAAGGCUGGAGCCAUGUGGUCAAACUUCUCUGUAGCAGUCUGACCAGCCUCCUGGACUCAGUUAGGUUGAUACGGUCAGUUGGCCCUUGGGCCCAAGGAGAAGAACAGGACCUGACCCAGGAAGCCCUAUUUUUUUAUACUCAGGUAUUCUGUCAUGUUUUGCACAUCAUGGCCAUGCUCCACCAAGAGGUGUGUGAACCACUCUACGUUUUGGCCUUGGAAAUCCUCACCUGCUAUGAAACCCUGAGCAAGACCAACCCUUCUAUCAGCGCCUUACUCCAGAAGGUAAAUGAGCAGCACUUUUUAAAGUCCAUUGCCAAGAACAUUAGCCCCGAGGAGCGGCGCCAGACCCUGCUGCAGAAGAUCAGCAAUUUCUGACCUUUGUGGAUCAGACAACAGCUGAUGAGGGUGGGGUCUAUAGGGGCUAGAGCCGAGAAACAAAAAAACUCUUCAGUUAUGUGAAGUUGUAAACAAGCUAAAAAGUAUAUGGCAAUAACAAUGUAAAGAAAAUAGUUUCUUGGGUAUUUGUAACACAAAUUAUAAUCUCAUUUUGAGGUCUGUCUUA